UGCGGCCCUCAAAUCUUCACUCUCUUUCAACCUUCGCGCUUUCUCUCUCUAACCCAUAAACCCUAGCUUCUCUUUCACAAACCACCACCCCCCAUACAUUACACACACACACACACACACACACACCAUAUACAUAUAUAGUCACAGGCGAAUUGAUACCAACACAUAUGCACACGCAAUCUACCCACUGAAACAGAGUCAGCUCCAAUACAACAAUGGAUACUCUACCAGCUGAAAAUAUGAGACACCAUCAAAAUUUCACUGUUGCCUCUAUUUCUUUGCUUUCAUCAAACCCUCCAAAGCCUGUUUCCGGUCCUCUCUCCGCUACUUUUGGGUCUGCUUCCGGCUUCCCGGAGCUACAGUUCUUCCUAGACCCCGAGGGACAACACUCUCUUAACUUCGACCUUCGAACGGCUCAGCUCUUCAGGUUAGGUGAGGUUCAAUCACUCUGUGUAUCAGAAGGUUCUGAAACCAUCAAAGAGAAAACUUAUUCAAAGGGAGUCACUGUUCAAUUUAAAGAGGAGGAGGAAAGUAGCUCCUUCCAUGAUGCAUUUGAGCAAUGGAAAAAGGAAGUGGUUGUUCAAGGAUCAACUUUACCAAAUGGAACAGUUUCUUCUUCUAAAAGCAAAUUUGAUGAUAAAAUAGAAGCAUCUUCUGCUAAAAUGUAUUUCCAUUACUAUGGGCAGCUGCUACAUCAGCAAAAUAUGUUGCAGGAUUAUGUGAGAACAGGUUCCUACUAUGCUGCUGUCAUUGAGAACCAAGUAGAUUUUGCUGGCCGUGUAGUGGUUGAUGUUGGUGCUGGAAGUGGCAUACUAUCAUUAUUUGCUGCUCAGGCUGGUGCAAAACAUGUUUAUGCUGUGGAAGCAUCUGAAAUGGCUGACUAUGCUCAGAAGCUUAUUGCUGGGAAUCCUAUAUUGGGACAAAGAAUUACGGUUAUCAAGGGCAAAGUUGAAGAUGUAGAAUUGCCAGAGAAAGCCGAUAUAUUGAUCUCAGAGCCUAUGGGCACCCUGUUAGUGAAUGAAAGAAUGCUGGAAUCCUAUGUCAUUGCAAGAGAUCGGUUUCUCGUCCCUAAUGGAAAAAUGUUCCCCACUGUUGGAAGAAUUCACAUGGCACCAUUCAGCGAUGAGUAUCUCUAUGUUGAGAUUGCAAACAAGGCACUAUUUUGGCAGCAACAAAAUUAUUAUGGGGUUGAUUUGACAGCUUUACAUGGUACUGCAUUCCAAGGAUAUUUUUCACAGCCAGUAGUUGAUGCUUUUGAUCCAAGGUUGUUGGUGGCUCCUGCAGUUUCCCAUGUGAUAAAUUUUACUACUGUGAAGGAAGAGGACUUGUAUGAAAUCAACAUUCCAUUGAAAUUCAUAGCUUCUGUGGGCACUAGAAUACAUGGUUUGGCAUGUUGGUUUGACGUUCUCUUUAAUGGCAGCACCGUACAAAGGUGGCUGACUACGGCUCCUGGUGCACCUACAACUCAUUGGUAUCAACUGCGUUGUGUCUUGUCUCAACCCAUAUAUGUCAUGCCUGGACAAGAAAUAAGUGGCCAUCUUCACAUGAUUGCACACAGUGCUCAGAGUUAUACAAUUAAUCUCACCAUGUCAGCUAAAAUGUGGGGGCCUGGUGCUGAACAAGGAGGAAUACUACAAACGUCAAGCUGCAGACUUGAUCUAAAAGAGCCUUAUUAUCGAAUGUCUCAACCACAAGCCUACUCAGUGGCUCAAGAUCAGCAGCCAAAUCAGCUGUUACAAUCACAGGAUUUACAACUUCCCUCCCUGGAUGAAGACGGGUCGGAUUUCAUCCAACAACCAUCAAAUGAUUCCAGUGUCCCAAUCCGUUGAGGAAAGAUAAUAGUGAAAGGGCCCUGUUUGGUUUAGACUGGUUACCACCGGUUAGAAGGUACUUGCACUCAACCUUCCAUGGCUGGUUUUGGUUGUGAAUGGUUAGAAGGGUUGCUUAGCACUUCGGUUCACACAUUAAAACUAGAGGGUGGCAUAUGGGAUUAUCUCAAGAUGACUGAAUCAUUAAGGCUCUGAUGGAAUUAUACCCAUUACCCAUUUUGAAGGGUUAUUUUUGAUAGGAGAAAGGUCAUCAAUGGCCUCACAUUGCUGCAAUAUCUGGCCUAGUGCCAACCUUUACUUCUUUUAUUUGUUUCCAAUAAGCCAUCAACAUUUCGGGAUAUCAGAUGUUGGACCCGUUUGACGAUAGAGCCCUCAGAUGUUGGAGACGUUGGAUGUUGAACCAAAAGAUGUUUAGAUGUUGGAUGUCCUUUUUCUGUCACAUUAUCAGCUAAUUAUUCAUACGAUUCAUUUUCCUCGACUCUACUUUUUAUA